AUGACGGCUCCUACCUGGGUUCGCGAUCUCCUUCCGCCAAAGGUGGCCGGCCCCGACUUGCUGGCUGCGGAACGCGCAGGCAGCGUCGUGGAUGCUGCCGCCAUUGCCAACAUGCUGUAUGGGCCCGAUGUUCUGGCGAUGCGUUCGCGUGUGGAGGCGACCCUCAUCGCCCAACAUUUUGACGACAAACUUGAAGCCCUGCCAUCGCUGGGACGCAUGCACAAGAUUGAGCAGUCGCUUGCUCGCGGAAAGUCUCUCAAGCACCUCCGGAAGGUGCACAGCUGGUCACCAGAGGAGUACUCGUACUCGUCCACAGCGUCCGGCGAGAUGAACGUUUACGGCUUACACGACAAGGCGUUCAUCAAGUGCCUCACGGACCAAACAACUGAUGAGCAGAAAGCGGCUUUCCUUGUUCCGGCACAGCAGGACAAGAUUAUCGGCUGCUAUGCGCAGACAGAGCUCUCACAUGGCUCCAACGUCCGCGGCCUCGAAACAACCGCGACGUGGUCGCCCCAUGAUCAGACGUUUGUCGUCCAUUCACCGUCACUUACUGCCAGUAAAUGGUGGAUCGGCACGAUGGGCCGCACGGCCAACCAUGCUCUUGUGAUGGCCCAGCUCAUCGUCAAGGGUAAAAACUAUGGUCCUCACACUUUUGUUGUGCCCAUUCGCGACCUCGCAACGCACGAACCGCUUGAAGGAGUUUACGUUGGCGACAUUGGGCCAAAGUUUGGUUACUCGUCAAUGGACAACGGGUUUGCCUUGUUCAACAAUGUCAAGAUCCCGUACAUCAACAUGCUCGCUCGGUUCCAAUUCGUCGACCCACAGACCAGCGAGUACAAGCGCCGCGGAUCACAGGCCCUGGUGUAUGGAGGUAUGACCUUUCUGCGCGUUGGCAUCGCAGCAGACGCCGCCACCACUCUUGCACGCGCUGUCACAAUUGCCAUUCGCUAUGCCGCCAUUCGUCAGCAGUUUGCAGAUGAGGACUCGGCAUCCCAGGCUGAAACAAGCGUUCUCAACUACAGCAUGGUGCAGUAUCGUCUUCUCCCUCUCAUCGGCACAGCGUACGGGCUUCAGUUUGCUGCCGAAGGCCUGCGCGGUCUCUAUGGUCGGUACGACUCUCUCCUCGGCGGUGGAGACCAGGCCGGUGCUGAAGCUCUCCUGGCUGAGCUCCACGUCCAAUCCUGCGCGCUGAAGUCUCACGGAACUACCAUCUCCGUCGAGGGAAUUGAGACUGCGCGCCGCGCCUGCGGCGGUCACGGAUACAGCCACUACUCUGGCAUCGGCCACCUGUACAGCGAAAUGCUCCCGAGUGUUACGUAUGAGGGCGACAACUACAUGCUCACAAAGCAAGUAGCCCGUGCCCUAAUCAAGGGAGCCAAGGCCAAGAGCGCCAUGUUUGCGGACUACAACCCAUCUGCCAAGUUUGACUUUGCAAAGGAUGUCGACAUUAUCAAAGCGUACGGCCACCGCGUCGCCUUCCAAACCUUCCAGAUCAUACGCCUUCGUGAUACCGGGUCGACGUGGAACGCACUUCUUAUUCCAUUCUGGCGCCUGUGUACCGCCUACGCACAAUUCAUCAUUGUGAGGGAGUUUCAUGAUGCCCUUGCUCGUCUCCCUGCCGCUGGCGUGCCCACCCAAACGAGUGCAGUUCUCGCAGACCUCUUCCGCCUACACGCCCUUACGACGUUUGACAAUUACGCCUCCGAGUUUGCCGACGCCCAGGCCGUGCCGGCGGCCCUGCGCGAUGGUGUUUCACGCCAAAAAGCCAUUGCGGACCUGCUGUCCAAGAUCCGCCCGCACGCAGUCAACCUCAUGGACGGCUGGGCGUUCAGCGAUCUCGUCCUCAACUCGUCCCUCGGCAGGAGCGACGGCAAAGCCUACGAGAGCAUGUUUCGUCGGGCGGCUGCCAACCCAGUCAAUACCCUCACGUUUGACCCCCGUCCGGAAUCGAGUGUGCUCAUCAAGAGCAGACAGGCGGUGGCAAAGCUGUAA